AUGAGAGACAGACUGGCAAACCUGCAUAAGGUCCAGACUGAUUCUGAAGGUUUUAGCACUGUGGAGCUUAACUGCCUCUCGGAACAUGAAGCAGACUCUAACCAGGAUCUAGACGGGAUCCUGAAGGAGGCCCAGCAUGUACGCCUGGAAAUCCAGCAGAUCCAGAACGACAUUGGUGAGCUAAAGGAAGUGAACCACCAGUCAUUAAACAAGACCUCAUUUCCGGAUGCCACAAAGCGGGACUCCAAUGCAAUCGGGGUGGACAUUAAGCGCAGAGGAGAAGCAGUGUUGAAGCAGUUGCACAUGAUGAAUGAUCUCCGAGGUGAGCUGGAGGCCCAGCGUGGCUCCUCUGACCCCACAGCUCGCAUAGCUCGAACACAGUACCACUAUCUUAGCAAUGCUCUGCGGGAGGUGAUGUUCAGCUACAAUGACGCCGAGAUCACCCACAGGGAGGCUUGUAAACGUCACAUCCAGAGGCAGAUGGAGGUGGUGGGGGAGGAGGUCAGCCAGAAGGAGCUUGAGGAGAUGAUGGAGGGUGAGGAGCUGUGUGUGUUCAGUGUCCACGUAACGGGGCAAACCGCCCGCUCCGCCCUCAUGAACAUUGAGAACAGACACCGGGAGCUGCAGGAGCUGGAGAAGAGAAGCGAGGGGAUCCAUGAGCUCUUCAUGGACAUGGCCGUGCUUGUUGAGGAACAGGGGGCAGAAGUGGAAAACAUUGAGAGAAACAUCCAGAACACUGAGGUGACCAUUCAGGAGAGCACGUUCCAGCUGGAAAGAGCCGCUGCUUCAGAUAAAAACAAUCCUUUCAAGAAGAUGUUUUGUGGCUGUUUUCCGUGUUAUUACUCAUAACAUGGAUUCAGCAUUUUAUGAUAUAAAAAUAAUUCAUCUGAUUAUGUUGGUGCUUAAACACACAGAAAAGAUAAGCAGCCUAUUAAAAAACCCACACACUGUCAGGAAACAAUCACUGGAAAGGGCUUAAAGCUGGACUGAUCAAACUGGAUAAUUAUAGAUAUAUAAAAAUAUAUUAUAAAUGAAGUGUACGUCUCUUACGGUUUUUACACUAUUGGGGAAAGCUUGGAUGUGAAUGUCAUAGCUUCGUAAGCUUCUGAUAAUUAAUACCUGUUACAUUCACCUGUUUAAACAAAUACACGCAGCA